AACUUAUGGCAACACUUCAUUCAAAGAAAAACUAUGUGAUUCAUUAUCGGAACCUGCAGCAGGCCAUUAAAAAUGGACUCGUUGUGGAAAAAGUUCACAGAGUUAUUCAGUUUAAUCAGUCAGACUGGCUUAAGAAAUACAUAGAAUUAAACACCGAGAUGCGAAAAAAAGCUAGAAAUGACUUCGAAAAGGACUUUUUCAAACUUUUAAACAACGCUGUUUUCGGGAAGACGAUGGAAUCUUUAAGACGUCGUAUUAAAAUGGAGAUUGUUUGCAGUGUAAAACGUUUACAAAAACUUAUAAAUCUUACAACAUUCAAACACUGUACUACGUACGACGAGACUCUCAAUGCGGUGUCAUUGGAAAAUAAAAUUAUCAAGUUUUGCAAGCCUAUUUAUAUAGGUUUUGCAGUGUUGGAAAUUUUUAAGACCCUCAUGUACGAUUAUCAUUAUAACGUUAUGCAAGCCCAUUAUGGGGAUAAAAUUAACCUCAUGUAUACAGAUACAGAUUCACUGGUAUACUACAUCCAAACUAACGUGUGGUAUAUACUCCAUAAGAUCUUGUUUUUUCUGCUCCCCUUUGACGUAAAUGCAUCUGAAUUUUAA